GCGCAUGCGCUGGGGGUGAGGCCCGGGGCAGAGGGGACCCGUUAGCGGCUGCAUCCCGCCUGGCGGUGCGUGGCCUCGGCCGCGGGCGGGGCAGGGCCUCAGAUGUGAAGGACAAGAGUGCAGGAGAAUGCUAAAAUAGUCCUGUCAAUGGAAAAUGUGUUGACAGCUGCCUCCAUCAUUGUGAAAACAUGGAAAGAAAAUAUCCGUCCAGGGAGAGCUCCAGAAAGUUACUGGGUAAAAUGAUGGAGAUGAAGAAAUUAAGUCAUCAUUUCAAUAUGGCAGCAGCUGAAUCUGACAAGGACUCUGGAUUCUCAGAUGGGAGUUCCGAGUGCCUGGGCUCCAUGGAGCAAACUGACUCGGAGGAUAGGCUGAACACGUUUUCCUGGAAUUCAGAGGACGGGCCCUGGCAGUGCCCUGUGACCACAAGCAAUUCCUUUCCUGCACUUUCUCCUAUGGUUGUAAUGAAAAAUGUGCUGGUCAAACAGGGAAGCAGUUCAUCACAGCUUCAGUCUUGGACUGUCCAGCCAUCUUUUGAAGUGAUUCCAGCUCAGCCACAGCUAGUGUUUCUUCAUCCCCACAUCCCUCCUGUUAAUCCUCACUUUGUUGGCAAAAAAAGGAAUGACUCCACUAAUUACCUGCCCAUCCUGAAUUCCUACACAAAAAUAGCACCGCAUCCCUGCAAAAGGGAUCGUGACUUGGAAAGAGACGAGACCAGUAGGCAGAAACGGCUCUGUACAGAAGCACCCAAGAGAGAGACAUCUCCCUCUGUACCAAGCAACAGCAGCUUACCCUCGAGUCCCUGUGGCCAGUUAUUACUUGGCUUUAAGCCUGCUCAGGACUCUAAUCAGCAGAGCACUCCAGCUUCAGUGGCAGGUGGGAAAAUGUCAAGUAUGCCUAGUUUUCAGUGUGUUUCCACUGAUAAUCAGAAAGCCCCAGGUUUGACUCCCUUCCAGGCAUCAAAAUGUACUUCUCAUGAGAUUGAGAAUCCAGCACAGCAUCUGAUGCAGUCUGCAAUAUGCAGCCAGCCCUUGGCACCAGAGGAACUCUGCACGACUCCUGAUCUAUUCUUGCAGCAGCAAAGCAAGUGCAGGCGCUUUCAGAAUACCUGGGUUGUACUGCGGAGGUCUGGAUUGUUGGAAAUCACCUUGAAAACCAAGGAGUUGAUUCAUCAGAACCAGGUGACCCAGAUCCAGCUGGAUCAGCUGAAGCAGCAAACACAGCUGUUCAUGGAGGCAAUAAAGAACAAUGCUCCUCAGGCCUGGGAAGAGCUACAGGCAUCUCUAACUGGGUCUGAGAGAGUUAACAGCAGUCUUGAGUCCACCUAUCCCAGCAUGUAGUUCACAGAUAUUGUUCAAAUGAUUCCUGUGCCUCCUUAUUUCCAGUUUUCUAAGUCUGAGACUGCUUAACAUCUUAUAAAGCAACAUGUAAUUAACAAUGUCCACAAGGCCAAUUGUGAAACUGGCACAGUGUGGGAGGGGCUUUGAAAAAUAGGUCCUGCUGUUUCAUGUGAUUGGUAACUGUGCUCUUCAUUGGACCAGAGAAGUACAUAUGUGCUAAGAUGAUGCGUUCCCACUCCUGUGGUAAAAAGUGUCAUUUACAAUGUUCUAGUAAGUACCCUUCUUUUCACCACAUCUCUAGGCAGCCAUUCACAGAACAGAAUAGAGCCACCCAUGGAGUUUCAUGGGAGCUGAUGGGGAGAAAAAGGAAGUUUUCAUGGGUAAUACGGUAUCUCCAGAGUGGGGUUGGUACUUUAUCAGAUUGUGUGGCCUUUAGGUCAGAGCCACAUUUAACUAGUGGAGAUCUGUUUUCAUUGAAGUUGCAUUUAAUAUACAGCUUUGCUUGAACAAGGCAAUGAGAGCAUCUGCAAAAAUAAUAAGCAGUUCCAGGCAUGCCCUGUUAGUAUGCUUAUUUUGGGUUUGCUUUCUUUAAAACUGAGUUGGGUGAAAGUUAGAAAAUAAAAAAAAGGGUUUGCACUGAAAGUAAUUAUUUCAAAACCAUAUUUAUUUGCACUGCUUGUUAACAACUAACAGUUAUACUAAGCAGGUAGCUUUGGAUUUUCCACGUGUGUAAUGAUUUAAACCCUGACCCCUGUUACUUCAUUUAAAAAAAAA